GAAGCUCACGCCCGCUCUCAAGAAGCCCGCGUCGAGCUCGGGGGGGGGUUCCGAUUCGGGGGGGGGCUCCGAUGCGAAGGUGGGGCCCCCUGUUAAGAAAGGGGUGCAGUUCGACAUGAAGGACAUCGAGCUGAUACGAAAAGACUGGCAGAAGGAGGCGAGCAAGAACGGAUGCGUUGCGUGUGGGAAGCCGGAGUGUGACGGGAGCUGUAAUCCUGCGAUGAAGGUCAAGGAUAAGGCGGUGAUUCCCCCCAGCGCGAAGAGCCUGUUUGACGCGGCUGAGACGAAACAGACGGGGUCGUUUGUGUGGACCCGGGGGGAGCUUCUGGGGGAGGGCGCUUAUGGGAAGGUGUUUGCGGGGCUCAAUCAGGAGAACGGCCAGUUGAUGGCGGUGAAGCAGCUGAAGCUGAACGACAGCGAUCAGAGCCGCGAGUACCAGCGCCACGUGGCAGCGCUCGAGCGCGAGAUCUCGCUCUACCGGAAGAUGCGCCACAGGCACAUCGUGGGCUACAUCAACAUGGAGCGGGAUGAUGCGUCGGGGUCGCUGUACGUCUUCCUCGAGUACGUUUCGGGGGGGUCUAUCCACAGCAUGCUCGAGCGCUUCGGCCGAUUCAGCGAGCCCCUCGUGCGCGUCUACACGCGCCAGCUGCUGCAGGGCUUGGAGUACCUGCACGAGUGCAAGAUCAUCCACCGCGACAUCAAAGGUGGCAACGUGCUCGUGGACCGCGACGGCGUGAUCAAGCUCGCGGAUUUCGGGGCCUCAAAGGCCUUCCACGACGCCACUCUGACGGACGGUUGCAAGUCGAUUCGCGGGUCCGUCUUCUGGAUGGCUCCCGAGGUCAUCAAGGGCGACGGCUACGGUCGACGGGCCGAUAUCUGGAGCGUUGGUUGCACCGUCAUCGAGAUGCUCACGGGCAGUCACCCGUGGCCGGGAAUCGACAACACAUGGACCGCGAUCUUCCACAUCGCCAAAGCGCUCACUGGGCCCCCAAUGCCGGAGAUCGCAUCGCCGCUGGCGAAAGAGUUCCUCAACCUGUGCUUCGCAUUGGACCCCAAGGAACGUCCGACUGCAACGGAUCUCCUACAGCAUCCGUUUGUCGCCCAAGCAGGGGAGGUCGUGCAGGCCCCCGCGCCGUGAGGCCCCGCACAGAUAGAGGUGUUAACAUACUCCGAGCUGCUAACUGACUUCUCUAAGGUCCCCUGCACGAUGCAAGCGGAGUUCGGGAUCGAGGAUCGCGAAUGUAAAUAUCGCCUUGCCUGGACACGUGGGCUCGACAUAGCACUGCUUAGCAUAUUGACCGGAGCUCGGUGCUGGCGCUCGUUGGAGAACCGUUAGAUCAUGUAAGCUCGUGGGUUUUUGCGUGUUUGUGAUAAUGAUAGACGGGCACGGUGGAUCUACGAUAUAAGCCAGCCGUAGUCAAACUUGGCGAACUUGUCCUGCAUACCCCGGCCGGCCGUUGUGCUGAUCAUUGCUUGUUGACGGAGAUCAUAAGGAAGCGGUGGAUAGGAGCCAAAACGGUUCCUGUGGUGAACAAGUCAGCUUGGAGCUCAACCCGCUUAAACUAGAAAGGGAAGAUCAUGGUGCAAACCUUCAUGUGUAGGCCCGGGCCCGGGAUGUUAAGGCUCUAGGGACAGGUGUACUAAUAAGUAUGCUAAUCUUCGAGAGCCUAGGUAUCCUGCAAAGAGGCGGCAUCUAACUUGUGCAACAUCCAGUGCACGGAAGUGAGUGUUGUCAUAGUCUAGCUUGCUAUAGAGGGUGUAAGGUGGUUGUUCGUGCAGAACGAGAAUUUGGGAUGCGCGUAUUCGAUUGAAUACUGAGAACAUCCGUGAAGUACUGAUCUGAGUUGGAAUUAAUCAGUUGGCACAACAUGGCUGUCUUUUUAAAUGUCAACAGGUCCACAGGGAUCGUUUGCUGCA